CCUGGGUAAGCGGAAGUCGUGGUUUCUAUGGACGACAAAUACACACGGAGAGGCAGCGAAACAGGGGCUAGGACUACUAGCCUUCAAUCUUAUCCCUAAACUUGGAGACAAACAGAACCAGCGAAAAUGACGGAGGAGAAGAAGGAGAAAGGGACAUUCGAUGAUAGUGCCUUUGAGGCACUAGAGAAAGACUUUCAAGAAACAUUGGCAGAACUGAUGGGGGACAGGAGCUUAGAGAAGUUUCGAGUAGAGUAUGAAAAGCUGCACAAAGCUUUGAAAAAAUCCCAUGACAGUGAGAAGCGUUUGAUGCAGAAAUGUCGGGAGCUAAAUGCAGAAAUAGUUGCCAACUCAGCAAAAGUUGCCACAGCUCUCAAACUGUCACAGGAAGACCAGGCAACUAUUGCAUCUUUGAAGAAGGAAAUUGAAAAAGCUUGGAAAAUGGUGGAUGCAGCUCAUGAGAAGGAGACCCGUGCUAGGGAGACCAUCCAGUCAUUGAAGCAGGAAAUCUCAAAUCUCAGCAAGUUAGUGGAGCAGGGUGCAGGCCUCACCAUGGGCCAAGAACACAGCGUCAAUGAGCUGCUGAAGAUCAAGGAGGACCUGACAAAGGAGCGAGAUGAUCUGCUGCAAGAGAUCAGUCGCCUGCGUGAGCAGAUGAACGAUGCCAGCAACCUCCAGAACAAGCUGGAGCAAGACAGAGCUGAUGCCGAGGAAAAAAUCCAAGAGCUGACUCAGGACAUCCAAGUGCGCAGCAAUGAAGCCCAGCGGGAGAGCAGGAAGAAGGACAAGCUGGAGCGCGAACUCAAGCAGUCCAAGGCCGACCUGGAUGCCAAGACAUCAGAAAACAGAACGAUGCAGACCCAGAUAGAGAAAUACAAGCUGGAGAUCACCAAGCUGGAGCAGCAGCUCAAAGAGCAGAGGGUACUGAACGAGAGAGCCAUCAAGGAUGCAGACGUGCUGAACGCGCGGUACACCAAGCUACAGACGGACUUCGAGGGGCAGUUGGUUGCCGCCGACCAGAUGGCACAGGAGAACCAGUCGCGUACAGCCGAGCUCAAGCAAAAGGAAGACGAGGUGAACGGCCUGCGGUCAGAGACGCAGCGGUUGGGCAAGAUGCGGGAGACCAUCCAGCGCAAGCUCCGCCAGGUGGAGGACCAGAAGGCGGACACGGAGCGGCAGCGCGAGACGCUUCGAGCUCAGAUCACCGGUCUGGAGCGAGAAUUGGAGGCCGCCAAGAAACAAGCUGAAACCGACAAAAAAGGCAUUGAAGACCUGGUGCGAGAAAGGGAUAUUCUCAACAAGAAUCUGUUGAAGGCGGCGGGCGCCACCCAGAAACAGCUGCACUUGGUAAAGCUGCACGAGCAGAGCAAGAAGAACCUGGAGCAGGAGAUCCAGAACUACAAGGAGGAGGCUCAGAAGCAGCGCAAGAUCAUCUACCAGCUAGAGAAGGAGCGAGACCGCUACAUCAACGAGGCUAGCGACCUCACACAGAAGGUUCUCCAGCACAUGGAGGAUGUCAAGGUUCGAGAGAUGCAGAUCUUUGACUUCAAGAAGAAGAUCGCGGAGGCAGAGACGAAGCUGAAGCAGCAGCAGAACCUGUACGAAGCUGUCCGGUCUGAUCGCAACCUGUACAGCAAGAACCUUAUCGAGAGCCAGGACGAGAUCACAGAAAACAAACGCAAGCUGAAGAUUAUGACUCAUCAGAUCGACCAGCUGAAGGAGGAGAUACAGGCCAAAGAGUCUGCACUCCUCAAGGAAGUCCUGGAACACCAGCGCGUGGACAAAGAAAAGGAAACGCUGAAGGCGGAGCUACAGAAGAUGAAGCAGCAGGCGGCGGAGAGCAAGGCCUACAUCGAUGCACAGGAGGCCGAGGAGCGCAAGCUGCUCAAGAUCAUCGCCGAGGCUGACGCUGAGCGCAUGCGACAGAAGAAGGAGCUAGACCAGGUCAUCAGCGAGCGGGACAUCCUAGGCACACAGCUGGUGCGGCGCAACGACGAGUUGGCCUUGUUGUACGAGAAGAUCAAGAUCCAGCAGUCGGUGCUCAACAAAGGCGAGGUCCAGUAUAACCAACGCCUGGAGGACAUCCGGGUCCUCAAACUGGAGAUCAGAAAACUCCGGCGGGAAAAGAACAUCCUGCAGAAGAGCGUGGCCAAUGUCGACGACCUCAGGAGGGAGGUCUACCACAUCCAACGGGAGCUUCUGAGGGAGCGCACGCGCUGCAAGGCGCUGGAGGAGGAGCUAGAAAACCCUAUGAACAUCCACCGCUGGCGGAAACUGGAGGGUAGCGACCCCUCGACCUAUGAGAUGCUACAAAAGAUCCACACACUGCAGAAGCGGCUGAUUCAGAAGACGGAGGAGGUUGUGGAGAAGGAACUCCUCAUACAAGAGAAAGAGAAGCUAUACCUAGAACUGAAGCACAUCCUGGCAAGGCAGCCUGGACCGGAAGUGGCAGAACAACUCCAAAUCUACCAGCAGACAUUGAAGGAAAAGACAAAGCAGAUGAAGGCUAUGGCCUCGGAGCUGAACAUGUACGAGUCUCAAGUGAGUGAAUAUAAGUACGAGAUCGAGCGAAUAGCCCGGGAGCUGCAGGAGGUGAAGAAGAAAUACUUCAUGCAGAAGAAAAAAGAACAGCAAACUAGAGAGAAGGAGAGAGCCCUGGCUCAGGUGGGUGGCCCCACCAUUAUGCCCCAGCGCACGGACCAGCCUCGUUUCACUGGCGGCGGCUUUAACCUGAAGGCCGCCAAGACGGCUGCGUGAUCGUAAAGACUGGAACUGUCGUGACCACCUGUCGCCUUCCGCUGUGUGACGUGGCCAAGAGAAAUGAGAAGUGGACCGUAGUCAGAGACUGUUUGUACAGUUGCAGCCGCCAUCGUGUACGGCUGGCACGAACGCAAACUCACAAAGCCUGCACACACACACACACAUAUAUAUACACACACACACGCACGUAAAACACAUGCUAGCACCCCACACAUUCAUACGCACCCCUGACCCACUACACACACACACUUGACCAACCUACCCAACUCGAAACCCCACUCACCACCGCACACACGCACCGCACGUGAUCGUGCAUGCACGCAUUUCAGCUGACGAGUGUUUUAAAAGUAUGGACCUGUAUAUAUAAAGUAGAUAUACGAGCCUAUAUAAAAAUCAUUCACAAUUAUCACUAUUUUGGGAUACUGGCCAUCCCGCGGCUGUGAUGUUAAAUGUGUUUUUUUACUAAACGUUCCUUGCUGGAAGGUGGCUUAGAAUUUCUAUCUUCAUUUUGAGGUUUUUUAAUUGUUAAACUGAGUUCACAAGUAUUGUACGCUAAGGAAACACCAUUCUCUUGUAACCAUCGCCUGAUGAAGAUUCGAUGUUUUCAUGAUCUUCAGGGCUUAAUGGAAUAUUUUUUAAUGAAAGGUUUACGAGUGGAAUGUCCUGUAGCAAUGCAAUUGGAGACAGGACCACAUUUGUGGCCAGAGAUGUCCCACAUGAAGCCUGUGAUAUGCAAAGCUAUUUUCAAUUGUAAUUCAUGUGAGGCGAUGUCCUUGAGGUCAUCGAUUUUGUGUUCAGCGAUCCACGCACUGAAUAAAUCGAUGAGGAAGCUGG